AUGACAAGUCUUCAACAUAUGCCCGGCGAGAUCAUCUGUUUGAUUGCAGAGUUUGUUUUCUUCCCUGACCUUGACACGACCAGUCCGUACGACGAUGGGGUCACGGUAAGAAGUAAGUACCGCGCUGAUGGCACUUUUGACCACUGGCAAGAUAUUGUCGACUUGUCACAGACUUGUAAAGACCUCUACAAGCAUGUUCAACCUCUGCUUUAUAAGUGGGACAAUCUUUACAAUCACUCUUCAGCCUUACUGCUAUCGACCAAGAACGGCAACGUGGACGGCGUUCUGAGAUCGCUGCAGUACGGCGCUGACACCGAGACUCCAGACUAUACUCAGCGCCAGAACACCAAACCAUUUAAAGAAGAUCCGUACAGUUAUGGCGUUUCAUCCUCGUCGGUGGCUUUGCAUUGGGCUGCGAUCGGUGGUAACGCUAAGAUUGUAGACGCCCUGCUCAAUCACGGCGCCAAUGCCGACGCCCGCUGCACGCUGAGCACCCGAGCUGACGGAGCAAAGGUUCGGUUCGUGCACGAUCAGUUCGCUCUCUUUUCAUACUGUACACCGGACUCAAAUUGGCUGCUCCAAACAUACACACGUCGCCGCCUUGCGAGAUCACUUGGCGUGAACGCUCUCUUCUUCGCCUUGAAGUCUGCCAGCAAGGACGCUGCUGCUUCUUCAGCCAACAGACUUGUUCUCUGCAGAAAGUUGAUAGAAUCCGGGGCAUCGCCGGUGGUCCGCACCUAUGAUGGGCUCCACGCCCUCCACGUAGCAGCUGUCUAUGGACUGGAAAACAUCACGGACUACCUGCUUGCAGAGGGGCAUUGCGAUCCCAACGUGACUGACGACAAAGGGGACACCGCAUUGCAUUAUAUAGGCCAAAACCUCGCGAGCUCCCGGACAGAGGCUGUUAUCCAACGACUGCAAGAAGCUGGGGCGGACAUCAACGCCCCGAAUAGGGAAAACAUGACCCCCUUGGACCUGGCUGUUCGCCGAGAUCUUUCUGACACUGCCUUGUAUCUCCUAAGGCAUGGGGCACAAUGGCGUGCAAAAACAAUCGACUACUACUACAGCUAUUACGGCUCCGAAAGUUAUUUUCGUUACGAUAUUGGAAACAACGGACUGGCCCCGCCCAAUGUAGAAGGCUACGAAUCUGAUGUGCCUGAACCAUGGUAA